AUGCAGAUGGUAUGGAUGGUGAGCUGUUUCGCGACAGUUAUGAACGAUGUUAUGACAGGCCUCAUGAUUUCACUCGCCUUUACGCUCAUAUCGGUCGUUUUACGAGAACAAUGGCCUAAAAUGUAUUGGUUGGCUCAAGCAACUGAUCAGGAAACGUAUAAACCAAAAGAGCGUUAUUCGUCACUGAAAUCGUUCGACGAUAACGUCAAGGUGUUACGAUUCGAAUCAGCACUUCACUUCGCUAAUGUCACAUCGUUUCUGGACACUGUUAAUGAGUUGAUGCAUUCUGAAGAUGAUGAACAUAGUGAAUUGUCGUCCAUUAAGCAAGUAACCACUGAAAGUAUGGAUCAAUCGAAUGGCAGCGAAUACAAACAAUUACCACUCAAGGAGAUAUCUUCAAGUGUUGAUGAUGAAACUACCGAAAGAAGCGUCAAAGUUGAAAUCGCCAACCGAAUUCUCAUUGUUGAUUGCGGGGCAGUAUCGUAUAUCGAUACAAUGGGAUUGGACGCAUUCAAAGAGAUCUACUCGGAAGGACUAAAACAUGGUGUGGACGUCUACUUUGCGGAUGUAUCAGAGUCCAUCAUCGAUAUUCUCGAAAAUGUCGAAUUUUUCGUGACCGUCCCGAAAACGGUCUUCUUUCCGACGGUUCAUCAAGCGGCAGUUUUCGCCAAUAAAACAUUAGAAUGA